AUGAAUAAAAGUAAUAGUGUGAAUUAUUAUCCUGAUGAAACUAAACUAAAAUCAACAGCUCAUCCACUAAUAUUUUAUAAUGAUUAAGACAAAUUGGUCAAAAAAAUUGAAUGCGGAUCACUUAUAUAAUUCUAAUAAAGAGUAAAAUAAAUUAAGCAUCAAGAAUAAUUGGAAGGAAAGCUUAAAAGAUAUAAGAAAUAUUAAACGUGUUUAGUUGAAAUAGAAUAAUACACUACAUAAUAAAAAUCUUCAGGUUCCUCUCCAUUAUAUGUAUAAUAUAAAUGUAAUUCCAAAUCAAAUUCAUUAUUAAACAUAUUAAAAUAAAAAUUAUCAAAAGAAGAUAAAAUAAAUUAUUUUUUUUAAUUAUUGGAAUUAGCAUAAAUUCACAAAUAUUUAACAAUAGUUCAUAAAAAUAUGAAACCUUCUAAUAUUAUAUGGGAUGAUAAUAAAUUUUAUUUGAUAGAUUUUGGAUAUAUGGAUGAUUAUAAUUAGGAAAUAUUCACAUGUAGAAAAAACUAUAUUGAUCCUAUUAAUCAAGAUCAAAUGAGAAAUUUAUAUCCAUAUUUGUCAAAUUCAUUUAUUGCUGAAUUACAUAAUGCUAAAGGUGAUAAAAAUAAAAUUUAACAAAUAGUUGAAGCUAAAACUUACAAAAUUAUACAAAAAGAGGAUAGAUAUGCAUUAGGCAUUAUGAUGCUUGAAUUAUUUGGAAAUUUUGAAAAAUUUUAUUAAAAGUGUGAUCUUCAUAGUUGUUAUUAAUAAUCAUUCAAAAGAGAAGAAUAAAUAAAAGUAAUAUUGCAUGAUUAAAAUAAUAUUUAAGAUUUUGGAACAUAAAUUAUUGAUAAAAUUUCAGAAAUUAUUAAAAAUAUUAUAUUUAACGAUGAAAUACCUGAAAAAUUUUAAUAAUUAAAAAUUGAUGUAGAAGAAUAUUUCAAAGAAUAGGAAAAAUUUUUUACUGAAGAAUCUUUUAGAUAGACUAUUAUAAACAAUUUAAGUUUUUAAGAAGAUCAAGGUAACUUUAUAUAGGAAUAGAAUAAAUAAAAAGCAACCUUGGAUAAUAAAAUGAAUCAUGAAGAGAAUGAAUACAUUAAAGGCCUUAUAAUGAACAAAUGUUAUGAAUUUGAUGAGAAUUUAUUAUAUUAUUUAGAUAAGGAAGAGUUAAAUAAUUAUUUAUUAAACAUUGGUGAAUCUUUCACAAACUUAAAAAAAAAAGCUAAACAUAUAAAAGGAUUAUACAAAUAAUAUGAGUAAUUAGAAAUAAAUUCCAACAUCUUAGAAGAUAUAUAUUAUAUUCUACAGUUAUAUAGUAAUGAUCAUAAUAAUUAAAUUUGUUUAAAAUAUGAAAAAGAAAUCUAAGAGAUGAAUAAAAAAGAUUAAAAAGAUUUUAAAUUUAAUCAAAUUAAUAAGAGCUUGACAAAGAAAAGAAUAUAAUAAGUAUCUUAACUUAAUCUUGAAAAUUAAGAAGACCAUUACGACCGACCUAAUACUUAAACUACCGUAUAAUCUAAUAAUAGAAUUUAGAGGAUAGAAUCCUAAUUAGAUAAUAUCUCUAAUCCAAAUUAAGAAUCUGAUUCUUUAAAGUAAUUUAUAUAACCAUCAUCUAAAAUUUAAUUUAUCGAAGUAUUAUAAAAUUAAAUACCUGAAAUUAAAAUUUUUAUAGACUAUUAUCAAAUAAUGAAUUUGAAAAAAGAAAAUAUGAAUAAUUAAAUUAAUAAUUGGGAUUUUGAUGAAAAUUAAGAAAAACCUAUAAAUUUAAAUAAUAUGAUUAUGGCAUUAGAGAAAAAUUCAUUAUAAUGGUGGGGAUUAUAUAAACAUUAAUUAUUAAUUGGAUAAUUUAGUCAAAAUAAUUAUGAGGAUUUUCAAUUCAAAGGAAAAAUUAUUUAAUAAAAUCAAAAUGGUGAUAUUAUUUUAUAUUUUAAUGUAACUAUAUAUAAUUUGGUAUAAGAUCUAAAGAUGGAAGGUAAAAAUGUUAUAAAAUAUAUUUAUUAACGAAAUACAUUUAAACUUUUGGAAAUCUAUUCAGGAGAAUUGAGGAAUAAUAAAAAAAAUGGAGAAGGAAUAAAUCUAGAGAUAACAAAAAAUGAGAUAAUAAAAUAUAAAGGAUGUUGGAAGGACGAUAAAAAAAAUGGAAAUUGUGCUAGUUUUGAGAGAAUUUAAUAAGACUGUAGCUUUUAAAAAGAUAAUCAAAAUCCAUCCUUUGAUUAUGAUUGGAGUAAUUUUACAGGUAACUUUGUUAAUGAUUAAAUAAAAUAUGGAUAAGUUUAAGAUCUUAAGGUUUAGGUUUAGGGAUAUUUUUUUUGUAAUUCAACCUUAAGAUUAUUAAAUAAAUCAGGUCAAUACAUAUUUUAAAUCAAUUUCUUAAAAUGCUUGAAAGAAAUAAGUUCAAAAAUGAGAAGUUUUUGUUGCUGUGAGCAUGAUUGA